GUUGGCUUGUCCUCGUGGUUCUCUUGUAUUAGCAACGUACACAGUGGAAAUACGAAGCUGUUCCGUAUGCGGAAUAUAUACGGCUGCUCAUCGUAAUUGUGGACUGUGCCACUGGAGUCCUGGCUCCGAGGCAGCCCUCACACUUUCUCAAUCAUCCUAUCAUCCUCUGAGUACUCUCGAUCUGAACCCAUGGCACCCCGUUCUUCCAACAAGUUGAAUUUUAACAAGAAACGAUAUUUUACCCCCGACGGCUCACGCCGCGGUUGGACUUGCAACAUUUGCAUCCCAAGACGCCCCAAUCAAUUCCAUUUCACGACUAUGCAAGCCGCAGUUCGACACGAGAAUACAUCUCCCGAACACGCGCGGCACAUUUCCGAAGUAGAGUGGUGGCAACCACGAAACGAUGACGGCUGGGGAACCCUCGAACAGCCUCCGCUAACUUCCGAUGGCCUGCGCACAUGGGAGAUGCAAACGCACGUGGAUCAUGUGUAUGAUUUAGUGCCGUUCUGGAUCCGUGGGGUAGAUGCUGCUGAGAGGGGUGAGGUGCUAAGGAUGGAGGAAUUCCUGCAGAUGAUGGAGGAGAAUGGCGGAUGGCGGACCUCAGAUGAGGUUUGGGGGAUGUUGGGAGCUUUGAGGAAGCCGAAUCAUGAAGAAGGGAGCGAUGGAUGGGGGCGUAAAGAUGAUGUGUCUGUUCCCAAGGCUCCCACCGGUACGGACUUGACAUCGGGCGACCAGGAUAAAGGCUGGGGCGUUACGGAGGAAUGGGCAGUCCCCCCUACCAAUACUAGUAACUCUUCUUCCCACCAGAGACGAGAUCUCGGCGGUACGCAUCCUUUUGUAGAUGACAUCGCUCUUCAGGAAGCGGCAGAUGAAGAUAGGCGCCGAAGGAUGAACCACUUUUUUGAAAUGCCGACGGAACAGAAGGUGUUGAAGAUUCAGGAGAUGAUCCGUUACCUUCGCGCCCAUCCUGCCUAGCAGGCACUGCCUUAAUGCGCCGUUUCUCGUUGUUGUUAACAUGCCCGCAUCGUUCGCCGACUCGUUGAUGUGAAGUUUUGGGAGCGAGCUCUUUGACCCU